AUGUGGGGCUCCUUAUUGAAAACCUCGAACAAAAGUGGUGCUAGGUUCUGGAAACCAAUUUGGACACAAUAUUGUAGCAUGACGUCAGCUUCCACGGAUUCUCCGCUGAAAUACUAUGAUAUUGGGUUGAAUCUGACAGAUCCUAUGUUUCACGGUAUUUACAAUGGGAAACAGUAUCAUCCAGCAGAUUAUAUAAAAAUCUUGGAGCGUGCUACUCAGAGGGAUGUGAAAGUUGCGCUUGUUACGGGAUCAUCCAUAAUGGAGUCUCAAAGCGCCAUUGAGUUGAUCAACAGCGUCAAGGAUUGUAGCCCAUUAAAGCUGUACCACACAAUAGGUGUUCACCCAUGUUGUGUGAACGAGUUUGCGGACGCUGGCAAAGAAGACAAGCCUAGUGCUUCUAUUGAUAAUCCUUCCAUGGAUGAAACAUAUAAUGAGUCGCUGUAUGGUAAAGUUAUUAGUAAUCCAUCCUUUGCUGCUGGCAAACUGAAAGAGCUUUAUAGUUUGAUGGAUCAGCAAUUAAAAGCUGAAAAUACAAGUUUCAGGUCAAUUGGCGAGAUCGGGCUCGACUACGACAGAUUUCACUAUAGCUCCAAAGAAAUGCAAAAGCUUUUUUUUGAAGAGCAACUGAAAAUAAGCUGUUUGAAUGACAAACUCAACGGCUAUCCAUUGUUUCUACAUAUGAGGAAUGCAUGUGAUGAUUUUGUCCAAAUCUUGCAAAAAUUUAUCUCCGGGUUUACUGAUGAGAAGGAUACUUUUCAGUUACAAAAGUUAGAUGCAUCGUCAUCCGGCGGCUUCUACAAAUUUCAUUCAGAUAAAAAACUAGUAGUCCACUCAUUCACUGGUUCUCCGGCAGAUCUGCAGAAGCUAUUGAACUUGUCACCCAACAUCUUUAUAGGAAUUAAUGGUUGUUCGUUGAGAAGCGAGGAAAAUCUAGCCGUUGUGAAGCAAAUACCAACACAAAGGUUGCUACUAGAGACAGAUGCUCCAUGGUGUGAGAUUAAAAGAACACAUGAAUCCUUCCAGUACUUGGCCAAAUACCAGGAGGCUAUGGCUUUCGAAUAUCCUGCCUUUAAGUCUGUCAAGAAAAAUAAGCUCGCUGACAAGCUAGAUGCUGGAGAACUUUACAUGGUGAAGGGCCGUAAUGAACCUUGUAAUAUGGAACAAGUAGCAAUUAUUGUAUCGGAAGUGAAGGGCAUAGAUCUGGCUACGUUAAUAAAUACUACGUGGAAGACAACCUGUAAGAUAUUUGGAGAGUAA